GUUGGGUGGUCAUCAACAUGCAUCUCGUAAGGCUUUUCUACUUUCUGACAUCAUUAUUGUUGUACUUACCAACAUUCAUCCCGGGCUAGCUUCCUCACAAGCAGCUCCAGUCUUUGAUAGCGGAAAAAGGAUCAUGUUGGGUGGUCGGAAAGCGCGCUCUGCAGCCCACGAACAACGUAUCUGCUUGGAAGCGAAUGCCGCAGGACGCCUCUGGCCACAGCAAAGCCCAACUCCAGACCGCGAAGGACGACUAUUGUGCGCUAGCAGCGGUCACGUUAAGUCGCCAGCUAAUCCAUAUCCAAAUUCAGAAGUACCUCUAGUGCCAUGCAUCUUGGAGAUAUGAUUGGUCCAUAAGUAGAUUGAAAAGUUGUAGCGGGUAUUCUGGAAGGAAGGUGUCCAAUAUUAAGUAGAUACAAGAGUGCCUGUACCUAGUAGUACUUUGGAGAUAUUACUGUGACGGUAUUGACAGUAUUCCCACAAGAAGUGCUGCCACCAUGUGACGGGAGAGCACUUUCAAUAUGAGUCUUGAGAUGGAUUUCGCUGAGCUCUAAGUAUGGCAACCCGAUUCUCCAACUGGCGUUCAACGGGGACGGCAAAGUUUUGGCAUCAGGCGACCGCAAGGGAGGCGUGGUCUUGUACUUUCUCGGCCAUAACCGAUUUGCAACUGUUGUAAGGCCUGCCCCAGACGGUCUCCCGAUUUCCUGCCUUGCUUUCACAAAACGACGCUUGGAGGAAGUACUAUUUUUUAAGAGUGUAGUGAAUAAUUAUGUGGAGUUUCUUUGAGUUACUUGUACGAUUAAUGGCUUACUUCGAAUUGUGCUGCCUGCAUGCAAGAAGGCUGCAGCUGUACAGAUUUUCACUACACUUGUCAUGAUCCAAUUUAGGGAGUUCAACCGAAGCAGCAGCACCCAUAUGAUGAAGCGCUUCAUCUAGUGGAGCUCUUCAGGUCCUCUCAGUCUCAAUGUUAGCUUUUAAGAGACAAGGAACUUCAAUUUGUGAAAAAUAGGUUCUUGUCGUGGUUCGGACAGUAAUCCGUGUUUUCGCUGUUGAUGGUCGUCGGGAGACCGCGCAGCUUCGCUCAACGGGCCACCAGCGUCCCAUUAGUGCCGUUCGUGCGGCCGGCUGCUCUGCCUUCUGUCUUUCGCUGAGUUCCGACGCUUGUAUUUUGUGGGAUGUUGGGACGUGGACGCGGUUGCGGUCACUCUUUUCUUCCGCGUCGCCGUUCGCGGAUGCAGCUUUUGUUGCGGCAAGUAACUUCCCUACCAGUGCUCAAAGCGAACAUCAAGGAGGUGAUACGGAUGAACGGUCAACAUCGAC